UUCUCGACGAGAUGCUUGAAGACUCACGCAGUGCAUAAAGCGUCAAAAUUUCUUCGGAAGGACACGUAUCGAACAUCUUUUUUCCUCUCCAGGUCAAGUAUAUAACCACAGAUACUUGCCCAUCUUUCGAUAUCCCUCUCUUCCUCCAUCAUCCAAAGUACCUAGAACCUCCAGUCGAUUCUGUCUCAACAUUGGUUUCACUUUUUUAUCACCAAAUUCUCAACCAUGGGAUAUCUCACUCCUGCAAUACGCCAAACGGCCACCGGUACUCUGUCAACACUGCCAAACGACCAGACGUUCGCCGUGAUGCAUGAAACAUAUUACGGCCAAGAACCGCAAUACAAUGUGCACCCCCAUUCCAACGGCGACCUCCAUCGCAAUCCCGCCUGCAAAUUUCAACAAAGAUAUCUAGCGGAAAUUCAGGCAGUCGGCGAGAAAGAAGCAUGGCAGACAGGGGAAUACUACACCAACGGCCAGACCGUUAUUCUGAAUUCCAAGGUCCGUCCUAAAGGUCCUUGGGUCAAUCAUGCCCUACUGAAUCAGCUUCGCCUUCAACAGCGGUAUCAGCAGCACCAGCAGCAACAGUGGCAACAGAUUCCUCCCGUACCGAUAGUGCCUCAACAGAGACCUGCGGUUUGCUCAGCACCAUCACUCGGCCUGAAUCAGUUUCAGACUUGGGCACAGCCUCAACAACCGGGUUGGGACUUCGUCGACAAACCCAACCAUGUUGAUCUUACCUCUAAUUAUUACGAUAUAGGCAAUCACGCUUCUUCCAACUUCAACAACAUCUUGACCUCGCAAUCGACACAGCAGCCGGAGAAGUUAAAGUCCGACAUGGGUCGCUCGGUUGAUUGCCCUGUAGACCUGAUACGCUCUCAUCCACCGACAUAUAAAACAGCUACAGCGUCAAAUAGCUCUACUGAAGGAGUAGGACACCAUAAUCAAGCCCUGACGAGUCCGCUCCCGGAGACCCAGACCCAACACGGUGCUUCUCGCUGCUUUAUCAACGUACUCGACCCAAAGGCAUAUCCAGCUCCUCUUUACCAUCCUCGGCCACAGAACGGCCCACAGAGAUAUGCUGCUCGUCGGAUGAUCAAUAAAUCUGACAAACACCUACGUCUUAUUUCAGAGUUAAUGAAAGAGGAGGAGGAGGAGCAGGAGGAGGAGCAGCAGUACGGACAGGAGGAGUGCGAAGAGGAGGUGUACGAAUCGGAGGACUACGAAGAGGACGACUCCGGACACGAGGACUACGAAGAGGAGGCCAACGAGGAGAAGCAGUACCCAACCCCCAAUUCACUGCCCCCCACAGACACCUCUACACCCAACACUUCCCAGCGACCUGAGGAAGAAGAGCCAGAGCUCUGUGACCAAACGGAACUCAACGACAUCCUCGGUGUAUACGAUAAUACCUGGGAGUACAAGUCCAAGCCGGCCAUCACCGCCGCGCUCUACAAGUACAAGCGAACACGCCUCGAUCGGUCAAAGUACGUCCUAGACUGUCUCAUGGAUAUGGUGCAGGUGAACUCGGACGAGUUUAAGCCGCCAAUAAGGCCUGACAGCAGCAACAACAACCACAACCACAACCACAACCACAACAGCAACACCACCACCACCCCAAAGAGAAAGAGGAGGGACUCUAGCUCGUCUUGGGACAGUUUAUUUGAUUCCGAGGAAGAGGAUGAUGAGCUCGAGUCUGCAUCUUGCGGGGCUUCCAACAAGGAUUAA